UUGCUUCUCUCCUUGAUUAGUUUCCACCCAUUGCUUCUUGUUCUACCCUCAGGUGCUUUGGAGAACAGCCCGACUCCCUCUUCUUUGUGGCAACCCCUGAGAUAUUGGAACACUGCUAUCAUGUCUCCCCUGGUCCUUCUUUUCAUUAAACUAGGCAUACCCAGUUCCUGCAACUGUUCUUCAUAUGUUUUAGCCUCCAGUCCCCUAAUCAUCUUUGUUACUCUUCUCUGCACUCUUUCUAGAGUCUCAACAUCUUUUUUAUAUCAUAGUGACCAAAACUGAAUGCAAUAUUCCAAGUGUGGCCUUACCAAGGCAUUAUAAAGUGGUAUUAACACUUCACGUGAUCUUAAUUCUAUCCCUCUGUUUAUGCAGCCCAGAACUGUAUUGGCUUUUUUGGCAGCUGCUGCACAAUGCUGGCUCAUGUCUAAAUGGUUGUCCACUAGGACUCCAAGAUCCCUCUCACAGUUACUACUACAGAGCAAGGUACCACAUAUACCGUACCUGUGCAUUUUGGGUUUUUUGCCUAGCUGUUGAACCUUACUUGUUCAGUGUCCACACUUCAGCAGUGACUGGGAUUUUGUAGGUGCAGGAAAAGGAAUUGCACGAACUCAGGUUCUGCCAAUAGUUGCACAUUUAUAAUCGCGGCAGCAUCCCCCAUUCAUGAUCUCAAUUUGUGACAUUUCCAGAUACUUCUGACAAGCAAAAUCAGUGGCAGCAAUUAUACUGGCAGGAAAUUGCUACAAUAUGAAAUUGUAGCUUAACAACUACAGAGGAACAGAUGGAUAUAUCUGCAAUUAUACAAUCUAUCCCCAGCACUUCAAGAUAUAAUUGAUGAUAGUCCUUUGCAUUGCUAAGAAUGUGAUUGAUCCCAAUCAACAACUAAAUUUGAAUGGAUAUUUGAACAUGGAUCUCAGUAAUCUUCAAUGUAUCAAGUGAAUCAUCAGUAUUGUAAGUAAUCAUAAAUAAGAUAAGAGACUAUUCUAGCAUUGGGGCAUGUUUGCUUUUUCAUUGUAAUAUAUACUUUUUGUCUUUUUUCACAUCUCUAACCAUUUUAUAAACAAUAAAAGUUACACUUUUAUUUGAAUCUUACAGACAAAGAGGAUGGCAAUAAGAGCACUCGGGACAACUCUAAAUUACAAGCAACGUUGAAAAGGGAAGAAAAUCGAUCAGAAAUCAUGGCAACUACAGAUUGUGUGAAAGUUUCAUUAGAAAUUCCCAGGUCCUGAGACACACAGGAGCACCACCAUUUGAACAUCCUUUCUUUCGGAAAAGUUUCAGUGAGAAUUCCAGUCCGGUGAAGCAGACAAGACUCGCAAAGAAGAGAAACCAUUUGAAUGUGCUGACUGUGUAAAAAAAUUCAGUCACAAUUCCAGCCUGGUGAUGCAGCAGUAGAUUGACUCCAGGGAGAAAUUGUAUGAGUGUCUAGUUAGUGGGGGAAAGCUUCAUUAGAAAUGUCCAUCUCACACCACCAGAGAACUGACACAGAGAAAACCUUUGAAUGUCCUGAGCGUGGAAAAGGUUUUAGUCUGAAUUCCCACCUCAUGACACAUCAGAGGAGUCACACAGGAGAGAAACCCUUUGAAUGUCCUGAUUGUGGGAAAUGUUACAGUCAGAAAUCCCACCUGGUGAUACACCAGAGGAUUCACAAAGGGGAGAAACCCUUUGAAUGUCCUAUCUGUGGGAAAAGCUUUAGUGAUAAUUCCCACCUGGUGAUACACCAAAGGACUCACACAGGAGAGAAACCUUUUGAAUGUCCUGAUAUUGGGAAGAGUUUUAGUCUGAGUUCCAGCCUAGUGAGACACCAGAGUACUCAUACAGGAGAGAAACCUUUUGAAUGUCCUAUCUGUGGAAAAAGUUUUAAUGAUAAUUCCAUGCUGGUGAGACACCAGAGUACUCCUACAGGAGAGAAACUCUUUGAAUGUCCUGAUUGUGGGAAAGGUUUCAGUCAUAAUUCCAGCCUGGUUCAACACCAGAGUACUCCUACGGGAGAGAAACCCUUUGAAUGUCCUGACUCUGGAAAAGAUUUUAGUCGAAAUGCCCGCCUCAUGAACCACCAGAAGACUCACACAGGUGAGAAACCCUUUGAAUAUCCUCAUUGUGGGAAAAGUUUUAGUGAUAAUUCCAGCCUGGUUCAACACCAGAGUACUCAUACAGGAGAGAGAGCCUUUGAAUGUCCUGACUGUGGAAAAAGUUUUAAUGAUAAUUCCAGCCUGGUGAAACAUCAGAAGACGCACACAGGAGAGAAACCCUUUGAAUGUCCAGACUGUGGAAAAGGUUUUAGUCAGAAUUCCCACCUGGUGAUACACCAGAGGACUCACACAGGUGAGAAACCCUAUGAAUGUCCUGAUUGUGGGAAAUGUUACCGUCAGACUUCCCACCUGGUGAUACACCAGAGGACUCACACAGGUGAGAAACCCUUUGAAUGUCCUAUCUGUGGGAAAAGCUUUAGUGAUAAUUCCCAACUGGUGACGCACCAGAGUACUCACACAGGAGAGAAACCCUUUGAAUGUCCUGAUUGUGGGAAAAGUUUUAGUAUGACUUCCAGCCUGAUGAGACACCAGAGGACUCACACAGGGGAGAAACCCUUUGAAUGUCCUGAUUGUGGGAAAAGUUUUAGUAUGAGUUCCAGCCUGGUGAGACACCAGAGGACUCACACAGGGGAGAAACCCUUUAAAUGUCCUGACUGUGGGAAAUGUUACAGUCAGAAUUCCUACCUAGUGAUACACCAGAGGACACACACAGGUGAGAAACCCUUUGAAUGUCCUAUCUGUAGGAAAAGCUUUAAUGAUAAUUCCAGCCUGGUUAGACACCAGAGAACUCACACAGGAGAGAAACCCUUUGAAUAUCCUGAUUGUGGGAAAGUUUUCAGUCAUAAUUCCAGCCUGGUUCAACACCAGAGUACUCAUACAGGAGAGAAACCCUUUGAAUGUCCUGACUGUGGCAAAGGUUUUAGUCGAAAUUUCCAACUCAUAAACCACCAGAGGACUCACACAAGAGAGAAACCCUUUAAAUGUCCUAUCUGUGGGAAAAGUUUUAGUCUGAGGGCCAACCUGCUGAGACACCAGAGGACUCACAAAGGAGAGAAACCCUUUGAAUGUCCUGAUUGUGGGAAAAGUUUUAAUGAUAAUUCCAGCCUGAUGAAACAUCAGAAGAUUCAUACAGGAGAGAAACCCUUUGAAUGUCCAGACUGUGGAAAAGGUUUUAAUGAUAAUUCCAACCUUAUGAGACACCAGAAUAUUCACACAGGAGAGAAACCCUUUGAAUGUCCUGACUGUGGCAAAGGUUUUAGUCGAAAUUCCCACCUCAUGAACCACCAGAAGACUCACACAGGAAAGAAACUCUUUGAAUGUCCUAUUUGUGUGAAAACAUUUAGUGAUAAUUCAACGAUGGUGAAACACCAAACAACUCACAAAGGAGAGAAACAUUUUCAAUGUUCUGAUUGUGGGAAAACUUUCAUUAAAAAUUCCCACCUCAUGACACAUCAGAGGAGUCACACAGGAGAGAAACCCUUUAAAUGUCCAGAAUGUGGAAAAGGUUUUAGUCAGAAUUCCAAUCUCAUGACACAUCAGAGGAGUCACACAGGAGAGAAACCCUUUGAAUGUCCUGAGUGUGGGAAAGGUUUCAGUCAUAAUUCCAGCCUGGUUCAACACCAGAGGACUCAUACAGGAGAGAAACCCUUUGAAUGUCCUGACUGUGGGAAAUGUUACAGUCAGAAUUCCCACCUGGUAAGACACCUGAGGACUCACACAGGUGAGAAACCCUUUGAAUGUCCUAUCUGUGGGAAAAGCUUUAGUGAUAAUUCCAAGCUGGUGACACACCAGAGGACUCACAUAGGGGAGAAACCUUUUCAAUGUCCUGAUUGUGGGAAAAGUUUUAGUAUGAGUUCCAGCCUGGUGAGACACCUGAGGACUCAUACAGGAGAGAAACCCUUUGAAUGUCCUGAUUGUGGGAAAUGUUACAGUCAGAAUUCCUACCUGGUGAUACACCAGAGGACUCACACUGGAGAGAAACCCUUUGAAUGUCCAGACUGUGGAAAAGGUUUUAAUGAUAAUUCCAAUCUUAUGAGACACCAGAAUAUUCACACAGGAGAGAAACCCUUUGAAUGUCCUGAUUGCGGGAAAGGUUUCACUCAUAACUCCAAUCUGGUUCAACACCAGACUAUUCAUACAGGAGAGAAACCCUUUGAAUGUCCGGACUGUGGAAAACGUUUCAGUCGAAAUUCCCAACUCAUGAACCACCAGAAGACUCACACAGGAGAGAAACUCUUUGAAUGUCCUAUCUGGGAAAAGCUUUAGUGAUAAUUCUAGCCUGGUGAUACACAACAAGACUCACACAGAAGAGAAACCCUUUGAAUGUCCUGACUGGGAGACGUUUCAGUCAUAAUUCCCACCUGGUGAUAAACCGGACUCACCCAAGAGAGAAACCCUUUGAAUCCUUUGACUGUCGGAAAACUUUCAGUCAGAAUUACCAUCUUAUAUAUCACCAGAGUGUACUUCCGGUUGGCGUGGUGGCCAGAACAAAAAAGCAGGCUCCUUUCGAAAUCCAGCCGGUAACUGCUGCCAGAGACCCUACGGGAUUAUAGCUGCCUUGAAGGGGCGGUGAAGGAACGAAAGGUACUUUGCUGACCAUGCGGAAUCUGCAAAUUCCUCCUUUAGGUCCGAAGCAAGCUCUCCCAAAGGGCAGCACGGAUGACUGCCAUUUUUCGCUGUGACAACCAGGACCACAAGACUUUUGCUAUAACGGUGUAUGGACAGAGCAUUGAAACUGGGUGACUUUUACCUCAAAGAGCUGAUGCAAAUACAAGUAUAUUAAAAGAUAACUUUUAAGCCUAAGAUAGUGGUGGAUUGACACACGGAGAAAUAAAAACCCAGAGAAUUAAGAGGCAAGAGAAGUCCAAGAAAAGCUAAAAAGCAUUGGAAGCUUGGGGAAAAAAGGCUUUGACAAUUUGAAAAAUGAUUCUUGGGAGAAAUUGUUUUGACUAUUUCUAUUUUUAAACCCCCUGAUUUGUUGAUAAUCAGCUGUUUUUGACAGACUGUAUAAUGUGAGAUUUGGCAAUAAGAGUACCAGCUACUGGAUGAAGUGAAGUACUACAGCAUUGCAGCAUAUUUAGUGAAAGUGAAUUUAAUACACACAAAGUCUAAUGCACAGUAAUAGAAGCAAUAACAUCUGAAAGACGACCUGACCUUGACUUUAUGUUACAACUUGGAUAACUGUGAAAAUAUCUGAUAAGUUUCUUUUUUUCUUCUCUUCUGAAGACUUCAAAAGGAACUAACUGUCAGCCUCCACUCCAAUCCUCACAUCCUUUUGUACACUUUAUAUUCAGUAGUUAGAUUGCAAUGGGUUUUUAUGUGUAAUAUAAAAUAGCUCAUGGACUUAAGAUGUAUUACUAUCCUAUUCAGGUUAAGUGGAGAGGGCCCUUUAAGAGUGUCGUCUGACAUGAGAUCAAGGGGAGGGGAGAUUGACGUAAUUAGCAAGAAUGUUAGAGCGUGGGCUUUUCAAUGGACACUGCAUUCCUGAGAUGAUUAACAGCCAGAGACUGGCAGAAGAAGAUUACCACAGGGGGCCGAGAAGGAGCUGGCAUUGGACCAGACCUGCCUGACCUCUUGGGGGAGGAGGGACUAAUGAGGGGAUAUGGAAUGUUAGCCAUAUUUUGUCUCAGAUCCAACUUUACCCAGCUGUAGUCAAGGUGUAUUUAGUAAAAGUACUUUUCUUCAUUUCCAAAUGAGGUCAAGGUGUUUUCUUUCCUAAAUAUAAUCAGAGACAGCCUGACAUUAAGUUGGAUCUCACAUCAUGUUGACCAACCAGGAUUUACAAUCAAAUACCGCGGGGGUCGAAGAUAAAGCUGUUGAGCUGGAGGAGCUACCAGGAGAUAUUUCAACUGCUAGAUUAAACGUUAGCUGGAGCAAUUGCAGCUGGAAGAAGAGAGGAGGCUACCAAACUUCAAAGAACCUCCCUCUGGAGUGACUAUAAGGAGAAAGGGAAACCCAAGCAGGUUUUCCGACUGGAUAGAGGAGCAGAAGAUCAGAGACAGCCUCCAGUUGGACGAGGCAUUGCGUCUUUUCUGUGAGGUGAAAGUAAGGCAAGCCGCUUGCCAAAGAUAUGAAUCCCCUAUUCGGUCCUCCAGGGGGGAGGGAGAAGAGGAGGAAGAAACUGCAAAGGGGCCUGCUGGGGGAGUUUCCCAGGGCGUAGAGAUUUUGGAAGGCCCAGAGCCAGAAACCCCCUUCCCAGAGGCAGCUGAAUCGGAUGGAGAGUGUAUGCCACCUGCUGACAGAGUGAGGCCACGCAGAGGAAGGAAAAAGCCAAAAAUUCCCCCCCUUUCUGGAAAAUUUGAUGGAGAUGCCAAGGAGCUAGGGCUGUUCCUGGCGUUAGUGAAUAACCACAUGACGGCCUGGGGGGAAGAUUACUGGUCGCAGGCAGCACAAUUUAGGGCUGUAACCCAAAACCUAACUGCAACAGCAGCUGCUUGGUUUGUGUCGCUAUACAACGGGCACUCCCCCCUGCUGCAGAAUUAUGGACAUUUCAUGACUGCACUGAGGAGGAGGUUUGAGGACCCCCUGGCAGAGCAGAAGGCCAAGGGCCGGAUGAAAACCAUCAGACAAGGAAGGAGGCCAAUGGCUGACUACAACCAGGAGUUCAGUGAUCUGGUCCCCAUGAUGAGAGGAUGGUCGGAGAUGACCCUUGUGGACAUUUACAAGGAUGGCUUGAAUGGAGAUCUGUAUGUGUUAUGCCGAGCACGGGCCUCUCCAACUACGCUGUACAGCUGGUACACCCUGGCAGUGGAGAUGGAAAUCGAGCUAGCAAAGGAUCGCAGCCGAGCAGAGCGCACUGGAAGGCCAAAUGUCAGCCUCCACUCCAAACUUCGUAUCUCUUUGUACUCCUUAUAUUCAGUUGUUAGAUAGAAGGGGAUUGUAUUUCUAAUGUAAAUAGUGAUUGGAUUCAAGUUAAGAAGAGAGGGGCCUUUAAGAGUGUCGGUCUGACAUAAUUAAGGUGGGAGGAGAGAUUAAUGUUUUGAAUUCACAGGAAUGUUUGGGCGCAAACGCUAUCGGACAUUGCAUUCCUGAUUUGAUUGACAACCAGAGACCUGCGGAAGAAGAUUACCACGGGACCCCAGGAAGGAGCUGGCAUUGGACCAGACCUGAUGACCUUUUGGGACAGAGGAGGGAGGAAUAGGGUGAUACAGAUUGUCAGCCAUAUUCUGUCUCAGAUUCAACUUAAACCCUGCUGCAAUCCAGAUGUAAUUAGUAAAAGUACUUUUCUUUAUUUGCAAAUGAAGUCAAGGUGUAUUCUUUCCUAGUUAUAAUCAGAGGCAGCCUGACAUUAAGUUGAAUCUCAACACAGCAUGUUGACCAACCAGGAUUCUAACCAAAAUACCGAGGGGAUCGACAGAAAAAAUUUGAUGGAAGGCCAGCCGCCUGCUGAGCCGAGGGAGGCGUCCGGAGGAAUUUCUGCUGACACUUUUAACCCUGAGCUGGAAGAUUGCAGAGCUCGGUGGAUAGAGCAAUUAAAGCUGGAAGAGAAAGGGUGGAAACCAAACACCGAAGAGCUUCUGUCUGGAGUAACUAAAAGAAAAAAAAAAGGAAAAAGAAAGACUUUCGGAAGCAGAACAAGAGAUAAGGGACAAGCUCCAGUUGGAGGAGGCAGUGCGUCUUUUUCGUGAAGUGAAAGUAAGGCAAGCAGCUCGCCAAAGGUAUGAAUCCCCUAUUCGGUCCUCCAGAUGGGAGGGAGAAGAGGAGGAAGAGAAUACAAAGGGGCCAGCUGGAGGAGAUUCCCAGGGCAGAGAGAUUUCUGAAGGCCCAGAGCCGGGAACCCUCUUCCCAGAGGCAGCUGAAUUGGAUGGGGGUCGCACGCCACCUGCUGAUCAAGCAAGGCUGCGCAGGGGAAGGAAAAAGCCAAAAAUUCCCCCCAUAUCAGAGAAAUUUGAUGGAAAUGCUAAGGAGCUGGAACUGUUCCUGGCGAUAGUGAAUGACCACAUGAUAGACUGGGGGGAAGAUUAUUGGUCACAGGCGGCACAAGUUAGAGCUGUGACCCACAACUUGACCGGAAGAGCAGCUGCAUGGUUUGUGUCACUAUAUACCAACCACUCCCCCUUAUUGCAAAACUACGAGCAUUUUAUUAUUGCACUGAGGAGGAGGUUCGAGGACCCCCUAGCAGAGCAGAAGGCCAAAGGCCGGAUGAAAACCAUCAGGCAAGGGAGAAGGCCGGUGGCGGAUUACAACCAGGAAUUCAGUGAUCUAGUUCCCUUAAUGAGAGGAUGGUCAGAGGAGACCCUGGUCGACAUUUACAAAGAUGGUCUGAAUGGAGAUCUCUAUGAACUGUGCCGGGCACGAGCCUCUCCAACCACGUUGUACGGCUGGUACACCCUGGCAGCGGAGAUGGAAAUCGAACUGGUGAAAGACCGUAAGAACUGGUGAAAGACAAUAACUCAAUUCAUAGUAGCACAGGAUUUACUCCUUUUAAAGUAGCUUCAGGCCAAGAUUUUGUCCCCAUUUCAGAACUUCCAAAGGAGAAAACCACGGUUUCCUCCUUAUCAGAAUGGAUAGAUCAAAUACAAAGCACAUGGAAAAUGACUCGCAAGGCGAUCGAUGACGCUCACCAUGCACAUAAAAAACAAGCAGAUAAAAAAAGAUCCCCUGAGAACAAAUACCAAGUUGGUGACAAUGUUUAUCUCUCCACCGAAUAUUUACAAACUACUCAAAAGUCUAAAAAACUGGGACCUAAAUAUGUGGGACCUUUCCCCAUAGUGAAAAUCAUCAACCCCGUGACUGUACAACUACA